CACCAACACCAUUUGUUAGAAUCACAUUUCACUUCAAGGAAACCCAUGACUAUUGAUGAAUCUCGUCUCCCUUUCUAUGCUCUUCUCUCACCUGAAGAUCUACGGGUCUAUGAAGCAGCAACAGCGAGGGGCCUGUUCAACGUCCAACCUGCUGAGGAGUUCUGGCGAGAUCACUACGAAAUGUUGUACCGUAGGGGUUAUCAGCUCAGACCGCGAUAUGACCCUGACUGGACACCUUCCUGGAUCGGUACAAGGGCCGAUCCCAUUUUUUGCGAGGAUUCCAUUGCGCUUGUGAAUCGCGAUGUGAUGGAUGCUACGCGUAGAGAGGACGGGAAACUCGUCUGUAUAAAGCGAAUACGCAGCAAUGAAGCCGAGAUCGACAUCGCACUUUCGCUUCUUACUCCCGACCUCAUCGACCACUCUAUGAACCACUGUGUUCGUAUUCUGGAUGCAUUUAAAGACUCACUCCAGCCCGAAACAUAUCUCCUCGUCAUGCCGUAUUUGCGUCCAUUUGACGAUCCCCCCUUUGGAGCAGUUGGCGAGGUUCUGGAUUUUGUGAGACAGACAUUAGAGGGUCUAUGUUUCAUUCAUAGCCAAAAUGUUGCACACAGAGAUUGCGCCUCCGAAAACAUCAUGAUGGAUGCCACCCCUCUGUACCCUCAUGGCCAUCACCCUAUCCGAAGAUCAUCAACUGUCGACGGGAUCUACAAUGCCCACCCCCUUUCCCGCAUCGACCAUCCCGUUAACUAUUACUUCAUUGACUUCGGUAUAUCCACGCGAUUCGCCCUCGGAGAGUCCACUAUGGUGGUUGGGGCCAAAGGUCGCGAAAAAGGAUUGCCGGAGCUGUCUCGCACCGUAAAAUACAACGCUCUUCAAGCUGACAUCUUCAUUUUGGGCAACCUCUAUAAACACAGUCUCCUGGAGAAAUAUUCUAGUCUAGAUUUUCUGACACCUCUCAUCGCAAGCAUGACAAAACUUGACCCCUCCGCGCGACCUACUGCACCAAAUGCUCUUUCUCAGUUUCAUGUCAUCCGGUCAAAUCUCAGCCCCCUUAUCUCACGCUGGCGGCUACGCCCGCGGGAGGAAUCGGUACCUCAGCGCAUCGUCUACGACACUGUGGCCGUGGCACGCGAAACGUUUCACCAUCUGAAGAAGAUCGUUGGACAAUGAGUUCAAGGUUCCCUGAUUCUCCGUUUUCUGCCCUGGUCGCUUUUUCGCCAUAUGCUGUCGCCACAAACGGAGGCGUUGAUGGUCCUUCCAGCUCUCCGGUCGUGAUAUGUUGUCACUUUUGAAUUUCGGACCGGGUGCUCUUGGGAAUAGAUGUGGUAUACCAUUUCAUCAAUAUAUGGUGAUUGUUGUGCGCGACAGAUUUUACUUGCACGGAUAGCGACCCGUCAAUGUAACUUUACUGUAUGUGGCUUAUCAACCAGCUUAUUUCUCUGUGGGCAGUCGUCCUCGGCACCAGCAAGUUUCCUUCAACUAGACUAUCCCCUUUAUUGUUCCAUCGCUGCAUCGUGCCAAAUUAGACGUCGCCCUAUAUUUGAUUCCUCUAUCAACACUGGUGUUAUACUUGUUGCUUGGGUGCUAUCUCGCUCGGAGCGACGUCGCG